GUCCUACCUGUACCACCGUCGUUCAGCGUGUGUCCCUCGGUCAGUCGACCUGUCUUGUAGUCUUAACCACCUUGGCUGUUAUCAUGUCCCGUUGCCUCGCGCUGGCUCGGUUCGCCCUCGGUUCCUCUCAGAGGGUUAACUCGCGGCUAAUGUCAUGUGCACGAGGGCUGAGCAGCCGAACUGUCUCGCGCCCCUUCGCUGGAGACUUGCAGGUUGGACAGCAGCAGAGGUGGAGCAGUCGGCCCGGAGUGUGGAGCUCCCAGCGCGUCUGCCUCUGCUUCAGCCAGCAGUCUUACUACAGCACCCAGGAGGCCGAGAAAGAGCCGGAAAAGGAGCCUGAGGUGGAGCCUCUGCACACCAUCAUCAGUGAUACAGAGUCGGUACAAGGUAGCUUCUCCAAACAUGAAUUCCAGGCUGAGACUAAAAAACUGCUGGACAUCGUUGCCAGGUCCUUGUACUCAGAGAAAGAGGUGUUCAUCAGGGAGCUCAUCUCCAACAGCAGUGACGCUCUGGAAAAACUGCGCCACAAACUGAUUACGUCAGGGGGUGAAACGGCUCAGAUGGAGAUUCACCUGCGGACCGAUAGUGCCAAGGGAACCUUCACCAUUCAGGACACAGGAACGGGGAUGAACCAGGAGGAGCUGGUUGCCAACUUGGGGACCAUCGCCCGCUCUGGUUCCAAGGCAUUUUUGGAUGCCCUGCAGAACCAGGUGGAGGCCAGCAGCACCAUCAUCGGUCAGUUCGGUGUGGGAUUCUACUCUGCCUUCAUGGUGGCCGACCGCGUUGACGUCUACUCCCAGUCGGCUGAGCCCGGCGCACCCGGAUACAAGUGGUCCUCAGACGG